AAGUGUGCGCAGACGUAUGUGUGUAAAGACAGGUGAGCGAAUACUUUGGCAACACAACUCAUGAAGAAAGAAAUAGUUAUUUAAUGAACAGUCUGAAAUGAUUUCAGUUAAGAAGAAGGAUUCAAAUAAAAUGUUGGGUUAAAAUGGACUCUUUGUUUUUUACUCUGUGGUAGAAACAAAGAGAUGGGAGGAGUGUAGAGCUGAGUGAGUGUUGUUUGUAGAGGAGGAACUCCAUCAUUUAGAGAAGUGACAAGUUCCUGGUUUGCUAGUGAAGAAAGAAGAGAAGCAGUAUUCAGCCUCAAGAUGAAAGUCAGAAACACUUGGAUAUUCUUCUUCUUCUUCUUCUUCCUUGCUCUGCAGGAUGGAAACACUGGUCUCGUUAAUGGAAGAAUCUAUACAGAAAAAGAAGGAGGAAACAUCACAGUUGAAUGUUCAUUUACAUUUUCUGGAGGCAGGAGGUUGUUCUGUAGGAAUAAAUGUGAAGAAGGAAACAUUCUCAUUGACACAACUGAGGUCAAAGCUCAGAGAGACAGAUACAGCAUUGAAUAUAUAAAAAGAGGUGUCCUAUCAGCUGACACUCUGUAUGUGAGCAUCACACAGCUGAAAAAGUCUGACUCAGGAUGGUACAGGUGUUAUCUGAGAGAGAGAACUUGGUCCAAAGAUUCAUCUGAGGAUUUUGAGAUCACUGUCACAGAAGCUUCAACGCCUCCUAAACCAACACUGAGUCUUGGACCUUUUUCAACAUCAACAUAUUUCCCAUCAUCCUCCACUCCACCAACACCACUCACUUCCACUUCCUCCUCCUUCUCUGAAGGCCCAGUGCAGCCUGCGUCAUCAUCUGCAGGUUCAGGUUUAAUCCUUUACGUGGCUCUGACUCUAGUCUUCAUGAUCAUCAUAUUAUCUGUGGCUUUGAUGAUUUUCUGCAAGUGGAGGAGGACCACGAAACCUAAAGCAUGUUUUCCAGUGUCUCCCAUAGAAUCAGUGUACACUGACGUCGCAUGGACCGACCGGCUGUAUGAGGAGAUCAGAGAGGACAAACGGAGCAGUUCACCUCCUGAGGGAAUAUCUACAGUCUACACCUGCGCUAAAUACGUCAAACCAAACGGAGCUGAAAGCUCAGAUGACUACAGCCUCAACCAGAGUCCUCAGGAGAGAGAUGACGGUGCCCUGAGUAAACUCGACUACUGUGAAGAGGAUGUUUCCAACACUGGCACCGACUCGCUCUACAGUGCUCCCCGUGGUUGUUUUGAUAAUAUCAACAACACGUCACCUCCUCUGUACUCUACUCUAUAUUAAUGUGGCUAAAAGUGGCUCAUGCUACACGUCAGCAUAGUGGGGAAAAUCUCGUACGGUCACAGAGAGAUCUUUACGUACCAGAAGUUUUUUUUCACGUUUGCAGAAUGCCAUUGUUUGUAACCCGUAAACCAGGGAUAUUCAGUUACAAAUUCUGUUGGGUCAAAGUUUAAGGUCAAGAAAUGUAGCUGUGCCCAGUAAGUAGCUGGCACUGACAAAUUUCAAACCACUACAGAUCCAUGAGAUGGAAAAUAUGAACUUUUUAUCCAUAAUUCAAAGGAUUAUCUCAUCUUUUAAAUUUGCUAACAUGACAAAGGCACACCAAUAAGUGCAUAAACACAAUAACAGAGCUGUAAUGGAACAGAAUUAGAAAUACUUUCUCACUUAAAUAAAACUAAAAUAAAAAGAAUGAAUUGUUCCUGGUCAUAUUUAACAAGGUACAUUGCAGAGUGCAUUUAACUUAAUAAAAAUCUUUUAUUACCCCAGCACCCUCCCAGCAAAUUAAACACAGGUUUGGCGUUUGAACUUCAUGAUAAAAUAAGUGAGUGUUGUCUUCAUCGUCAUGUCUACGUUUCAGUGUUAAACGAGGACACAUUUUAGACCCCUAGCAACACCUAAAAAUAUCCACGUCCCUCUACAUUUCUCAGUUCAGGUGAUGUAGACACCAGGCGGGGCCUCUCAGGGGUUGGUCCCAGGCCGCAUGUGGCCUGUGGGCUGCUGUUUGGAUAGGCCUGCCAUAAACUGUAGACUGUCCGUUGUAGAUGUUGUACCUUAACUCCAAACCAGCCGUCUGCCACUGGUUCCAGUGAAAGCCCAAAACACUGACUGUUACCUGUAGAGAUGGCGAUGAUGUGCUAGCUUCCUGUUCACUUCCAGUGCACCAUAAAUCUGCUCAUUCGUCAGCUCCUCCAGUGCUGAUAGACAGGUAGAGGUGGUUUCCAUGUUAAGUAUUUAUGUAAUGUGCAUAUGGGUUUAAAACGUUAACAGUGACGAUGAGCUCUUGUAUUCGUUUCCAAGUAAAAUGAACAUGUUUAUUUUGUUAUGUUGAUUAUAGCCUUUAUUUACGCCUCGUUGCGCUG